GAGAAGACCAAAUCGACACUGAAAAAUCCAAUUGAAGAUAUCUCCACUCGGAGUGCUGGCUGUCCCCCUGGCCCCUGUCGACCAAAGCGAGGGCGGGAAGAUUCCGGCGGUACACAAGGAGCUCUUUGGGCAGCCUCUAUGAAGGAACUUUGGAUGACUCUGCCAGAUUCAACUCACCUCACUCGAUACUUACGAGCAUCUCCCAAUAAGCAUCAGAUAUCCCCGCUCCUGCAGCGUCACUUCCAACUUUAACCGCAUCCAGGGUGUUAUUAUUCAGGGAGAGCUUCUUUCGAAAACGAAAACGGUCUGGGAGUGGAGUUGAAGAUCUCUCCCGCCAUCUACACACCGCGCCCACGGUACGGCACCUACUGAACCCCCACCAUACCCAUACCUCUUUUGCCCCUCUAUUCUUAACGCCUGCCACACGCCCUCGCCCUCGACCUUGUUCUUGAGGUUCCGACGAGGUUCCAAGUUACUCACUCCUUGCGGUAGCCACUAGGUUCGAAAGAAUACGGAUUCGAGAAAAAUACACUCGGCGUAGCAUCAUGCUAGCUGAUUAGUCCCAAUUCGCCUCUUCUGACUCUUUCGUUGUUGGUCUUGUUUCUCGUGCUCUCUCCGACGCGCGCAAAGGCAAAGGUUGUGCCACGGCUUGUUUUCUUCCGUCGCCAUGGCAUCCUCAUCCACCCCAAGCUCAACCACUUCGGCCCCUGUAUCGAACCCCUCCGUCGCGCCGCCACCCUCGAACAAGCCCACGCGCAUUCUUGCCUGCGUUCUAUGCCAACACCGAAAGAUCAAAUGCGAUAGAAAUUUUCCAUGCUCCAACUGCACCAAGGCCAAUGUCAAGUGUACACCAUCCACUCCCGCCCCUGCGCGCAAGCGAAGACGACCAAACCAGGACCUCCAGGAGAGGCUGGCUCGCUGUGAAGAGUUGCUCAAAGAGUAUGCGACCGAGAAGCCCGAGGGCAGUGUGACGACGCCAAGAGCAUCGCAACAGCCCGCCUUCGAUGAGAGCUAUCUCAAAUGGCAGCCAGCCGGCCAGCUGGUUAGGGAUGAAGGGAGCAUGCGGUUCAUAGACAACCCAAUGCUGAGCUCUGUUUAUGAUGAGCUUCGAGCAAUGAGGCAAAUAGUCGACUCGGAUGACCACGAUGAUAGCACGUCUGAUACUGCGCCUGAUGAGAACUCAGAUCUCCUCCUUGGCGAUGGUUCCCCCAACAUUAAAAUCGAGACACUCUGGCCAGAUGCCGCCCAUGUGAUACGUCUGUGGCAGAUAUAUCUGGACAGGGUCAACCCACUGACAAAGAUUAUACACGUCCCGACUUUGCAACCGUACUUGGCCGAGGCGGUCGGCGGGUCGCAGUCAUUGCCGAAGAAUGUCGAAGCGCUCCUCUUCUCUAUUUUUCUCAUGGCUGUUGUCGCGCUAGACGCAGAUGAAUGUCAGAAUCUGCUGGGUUACUCGAGAGAGGAAGCGCUUCAAAGGUUCUCGUCGGGUGUGCGGUUGGCCUUGCUCAGGCUGGGCUUCCUUAAGACCCACGAUUUGACCAUUUUGCAGGCCCUUGUGAUCUACCUGAUCUCUCUACAAGGUCGAUACAAUCGCCAUGCCGCGUGGAUUCUCAACGGCGUAGUUAUUCGUAUCGCCCAAAAAAUGGGAAUGCAUCGUGAUGGUGAAACUCUUGGUCUCCCCCCAUUCGAGUCUGAAAUGCGCCGUCGGUUAUGGUGGCAGAUCAUCAUGGUCGAUUCCAAAUAUGCCAUCUUCUCUGGCCUCAGCCAUUCGCUCCUUCCACGAAACUGGGACACAAAACCGCCCAAGAACCUCAACGACGCCGACAUCUUCCCAUCAGCGACAGAGCCAUUCCAGGACCGCGAAGGGCCAACAGAGAUGAUUUUCUGCUUACUUAUAUACGCCUUUGCUAAAUUCCUGGUGGAAACUCCGGGCUUCGAUACCAUGUUCUUGCUAACCUCACAAAGCGACUUUGUAUCCGAACGUGAUGGAGGAGGCCCUCCUGAACAAGAAAUGAUCGAGUACCGGCGGACGGUAGAAACCUUGGGCAACAACCUCCUCAGCAUUCUCGACAAGUAUUGCGAUCCUCUCGCCGGCCCAGUUCACCAAAUGGCCGUCAACAUGCGGACGCACAUCAUCGAUAAGAUCAUGGAACUCAUCACCCCAGCCAAACACCAGCCAGAAUGGGGCGGAGAGGUCCGCACACUCAAAGACAACACCUUCAAAAUCGCCAUCGGCACAUUAGAGCACAACGAAGCAAACUACAUCUCCACCAAGGACAAAGGCUUUAUGUGGUUUUCCCUCGCACACUUCCAGAUCGAUAUCUUCAUGUACAUGGCUGGCCAACUCUGCCACCGCACAGAAGGUGUACUAGUCGAACGGGCUUGGAGACAGGUCGAGGUGGUUUACACGUUCCACCCCGAGCUAUUCGACACCAACAACAAACUCCAUGCCGCGCUUGCAGUGUUUAUCCUGAAGGCGUGGAGGAAGAGAGAAGAAACACUCACGCAAAGGACAGGCCACAGGCCAGAGACACCGUUCUACGUGGACAGGCUAAGGACAUCGAUGCCAAACGAUGACUACAAAUCGGAGCCUACACCACCAGAUCCUUAUACACCGGCAGCUUUGGCAGUGGGGGCACACACAGGCAUUCCGGACAACAAUCUGGACUCAUUCCUGGGGUACCUGGAUGCUAGUGCAUUGGACUGGGAUAUGUUUGGGAACCAGGUAAAUGGCGGGGCAGGAGGCUCAUCUUUUGGCGCUUUUGGGAUGGGCCCCCAGGUAGAAUGGUGAUCUUUUUUCUUGGGAUACAAGGAUGGAGCUCGCGGGGAAUAUUUUUGGUGGUUAAGACAAAAGAAUCUUUUUGGUUUAAUUGUCUUUUUACUUUGGAUAUAUGGCGGAAUUUUACAUAUACAUGGCUUAUUAUCUCCAAGACCGGGGGAAGCAGAGGGGAAAGUUGGGAGGUGGUCUAAAUACCUUUUUAUUUGUUUUGUUUGUUGAUAUGCUGGCA